AUGCCCCUCAACGUCAGCUUCGCCGCCAACAGGAACUACGACCUGGACUACGACUCGAUGCAGCCCUACUUCUUCUGCGACGAGGAGGAGAACUUCUACCACCAGCAGCAGCAGAGCGAGCUGCAGCCGCCCGCGCCCAGCGAGGACAUCUGGAAGAAGUUCGAGCUGCUGCCCACGCCGCCGCUGUCGCCCAGCCGCCGCUCCGGCCUCUGCUCGCCCUCCUACGUGGCCUUCGCGUCCUUCUCGCCGCGGGAGGUGGACGCCGGCGGCGGCGGCGGCGGCAGCUUCUCCACCGCCGACCAGCUGGAGAUGGUGACCGAGCUGCUGGGCGGGGACAUGGUGAACCAGAGCUUCAUCUGCGACCCGGACGACGAGACCUUCAUCAAGAACAUCAUCAUCCAGGACUGCAUGUGGAGCGGCUUCUCGGCCGCCGCCAAGCUCGUGUCCGAGAAGCUGGCCUCCUACCAGGCUGCGCGCAAGGACGGCGGCGGCGGCGGCAUCGGCGGCCGGAGCCCCGCCCGCGGGCAGGGCGCCUGCUCCUCCUCCAGCCUCUACCUGCAGGACCUGAGCGCCGCCGCCUCCGAGUGCAUCGACCCGUCCGUGGUCUUCCCCUACCCGCUGCACGACGGCAGCUCGCCCAAGCCCUGCGCCUCCCCGGACUCCUCCGCCUUCUCCCCGUCCUCGGACUCUCUGCUCUCCUCCACCGACUCCUCCCCGCGGGCCAGCCCCGAGCCCCUGGCGCUCCACGAGGAGACCCCGCCCACCACCAGCAGCGACUCCGAGGAGGAGCAAGAGGACGAGGAAGAGAUCGACGUGGUUUCUGUGGAAAAGCGGCAGCCCUCGGCCCGAAGGUCGGAGUCGGGGUCCCCGUCUCCCAGAGGUCACGGCAGGCCGCCCCACAGCCCGCUGGUGCUGAAGCGGUGCCACGUGUCCACCCACCAGCACAACUACGCGGCGCCCCCCUCCACCAGGAAGGACUAUCCGGCCGCCAAGAGGGCCAAGUUGGACAGUGGCCGCGUCCUCAAGCAGAUCAGCAACAACCGCCGGUGCGCCAGCCCCCGGUCCUCGGACACGGAGGAGAACGACAAGCGGCGGACGCACAACGUCCUGGAGCGCCAGCGGAGGAACGAGCUGAAGCGCAGCUUCUUCGCGCUGCGCGACCAGAUCCCCGAGUUGGAAAACAACGAGAAGGCCCCCAAGGUCGUGAUCCUCAAGAAAGCCACGGCCUACAUCCUGGCCGUCCAGGCCGAGGAGCAGAAGCUCCUGUCCGAGAAGGACUUCUUGCGGAAACGGCGGGAACAGUUGAAACACAAACUCGAGCAGCUGCGGAACUCUUGUGCAUAG